AACAGCAACCCAUUUUCCUCUUCCUUCUUCUGUAAACCAAAGACUAUAUUUUUAUUUAUAUAUAUCCCCACCUCUCCUGAGUUUUUUAACAUCGUAUUUUUAUAUUUCAUUUACCCUUUCUGCAACUCUCUUGUUUUUUUUUUUCUUAAUAUACUUUCGGUUUUUUUCUUGUUCUUCUUUAUUGGGUUGCAUUUGAUGCCUUUGUUAGGUUGAGUAUAUAGACGUUUUUGUUGCUUUAUUUACUCCCCCCCCCCCUUUUUAUGAGUUACUUUUCGUUUUUUAACCCGGUCUUUGAGGCUGAUAAACUGGGGGAUUCUUUUGCAUAAUCCAAAUUGCAAGAAAAGUUUAUUGAGUCAUUAAAGUUGCUUAUUGUGUUUCCCCUUUGCCCACCAUUUCCUUAAUGAAGAUCAGAUGGAAGAGCAAAUUGAGUUUCGUCACUGGGAUGAACUAAUUCCUGAUGCACUUGGGUUGAUCUUCAGCAACCUGUCCCUACAAGAGGUACUAACAGUCAUUCCCAGCGUCUGCAAAUCCUGGAGGAAGGCUGUCACAGGGCCCUAUUGUUGGCAAGAGGUAGACAUUGAAGAGUGGAGCAGUCGAUGUCAGCCCCACCAUCUUGAUCGGAUGCUUCGAAUGCUCAUCACCCGAAGCUCCGGAUCUCUCCGCAAGUUAUGUGUUUCGGGCCUCCACAAUGAUUCCAUUUUCUCCUUCAUCACUGAGAAUGCUGGUUCCCUUCAGACUUUGCGAGUGCGGAGAAGCGAAAUGAGUGAUUCGGUGGUUGAACGAACUGCGGGGAGGCUUUCCACGAUUACCUUUUUGGAUUUGAGUUACUGUGGGAAAAUCGGUGCCCAAGCUUUAGAGGCCAUUGGGAAGCAUUGCAAACUGCUUGUCACCCUGUGCCGCAACAUGCACCCGCUGGAUGCGGCUGGUAAGCUCUUGCAGGAUGACGAGGCAAAUGCCAUAGCUACUACGAUGCCUAGGUUGAAGCGCCUCGAGAUGGCUUAUCAUCUUAUCAGCACAGGGAGUGUUAUGAACAUCCUUGCCAGCUGUCCCCAGCUUGAACUUUUGGAUUUAAGAGGCUGCUGGGAUGUCAAACUCGAUAGUCAGUUGAUGAAGGAAAAGUUCCCGAAAUUAAAGGUCUUAGGGCCCUUUGUCAUGGAUUACUAUGAGAUGGAUGAUUGGGAUGAUGAUUGCUCGGACUACUCUGACAAUUCCGAGUAUUUGGCCUGGGAGUUUGAAAUGGGCGACUAUGAUGAUUACGACAUCUAUGACGGAAUGUGGCAUGACGAUGAGGGGAGAUUCGAGGAACUUGAGCUGAGAUUCUACGAAGGAAAUGGCGAAGAAGCAGGAAUUCUGGGUUGGCCUCAAUCUCCAUAGGCUCUUUCUCUUGCUUAAUAUGAUAUCAUGUGUUCCUAUUAAAAAUACAUGUUAUGUUUCAGUCUGAACUUAAAAAAGUGGUGUGGGUUUAUUUUUGUAACUUUCUUAAUUUUCCUGAUUACCUAAACAAAAAAAGGAAUUCACUUUGUACAUAAAAUCAAGCCCAGGAGAGUUGAUACAA